GGAAUUCACUCAGUGAGAUUCGCGCGUUCGAGCGGAGUGGUCGUAUUCUUAUUGAUUAAUCAAAAUUCGUUUCGUAAUUUAAUGUAACGUGUUAUAAUAAACAAUAUUAUCGAAUAACUACAUUGAUUGACGAUACAUUUUUAAUAUUAAGUCAAAUACAAUCAGUGAGAGUGAAUUGUUUCGUGUAUUGUGUUGUUUUCACCGCUUUAACUCAAUUAGCAUACGAUGUAACCAUGAAAAGUGCGCUAAAUAGGAAAAAUCAAUGUCUUCACUGAAGAUGAUGGGAUAUUUUCACAGAGCUCCUUGUUUGAAUAGUUUGUCAUCAAAGGGGUCGGCGAAGACGUGUUAUCAGAUGUGUUGAUGCAUCAAAUGUGUUGAUGGGCGCGGGAGGCGCGGGAGGGGGCGGCGGGCGAGCUGCGCGCGCGCUUCGCCUGCUGCUGCUGCUGGUACUGGCGCUGGCCGCUGUUGAGUACCUAUUCGGCUCCAUCCUGGACGCCUCGCCCUUCAGAACAUACCUCUACACGCCGGCCUUCAAUACUACACAGUCCACAAUCAAAAACAGUGACAGAACGCCAGGCUGGCCUAAAAGUUUGCCUAUUACUGCGGCCGCAAGAAAAAACCCCAAAGUGUCAAACACAACGCAAUUUAGAAACGUAACUUUUAAUACUACUCUAUCUACAAACAAUUCAACCAAAGCACCUUUUGCCACAAACAUGACGCGACAAAAUAUAACGGUAGAAUCGAGUACUCCAUUUUUAAUAACGAAGAUCAUGGAGGGAAUAAAGAAUCUGGUGACCACAGAAGGAUUAAGCCCGAGACUCAGCAAACCAACGAUGCCUCUCUGUGAGGAAAUGCCGCCUGAUCUAGGUCCAAUAACGGUUAACAAAACAGAAAUAGAGCUUGAUGAUAUCGCAACGAAAUAUCCAGAAGUACAUCACGGUGGUCGAUACGCGCCACCAAAUUGUACUGCGAGGCAUAAAGUUGCCAUUAUUGUACCAUACAGAGACCGUCAACAACAUUUAGCGAUAUUCUUAAAUCACAUGCAUCCGUUCUUAAUGAAGCAACAAGUUGAAUAUGGAAUAUUUAUCGUUGAGCAAGACGGUAACAGUGAUUUUAAUCGAGCGAAGUUGAUGAACGUAGGUUUCGUGGAGAGUCAGAAACAAAAGGCGGGUGGGUGGCAAUGCUUUAUAUUCCACGACAUAGACCUGCUGCCGUUGGAUCAGAGGAACUUGUACUCCUGUCCUAGACAGCCUAGGCAUAUGUCCGCGUCUAUUGAUAAAUUGAAUUUUAGGUUACCGUACGAAGAAAUCUUUGGCGGUGUGUCAGCGAUGACACUCGAGCAAUUUACCAAAGUAAAUGGUUUCUCCAACAAAUAUUGGGGUUGGGGUGGAGAAGAUGACGACAUGUUUUACAGAUUAAAAAAGAUGAAUUAUCAUAUAGCGAGGUACAAAAUGUCAAUUGCGAGGUACGCCAUGUUAGAUCAUAAGAAGUCCGCCCCAAAUCCUAAAAGGUACCAAUUGCUAUCACAGACAAGUAAGACAUUCCAAAAAGACGGACUUUCGACACUCGAAUACGAUUUAGUAGAUGUGGUUCAACAUCAUCUGUACACUCAUGUUAUUGCCAACAUAGACGAACACAGCUGAUGGCAGUACUUCGCCAAGCUAUUGUUUGGCGAACAGCGGUAACGCAAUAUCUAACCAGUGCUCAGUUAUCUAGUGCUAUAUCCAAGUAGACGUGAGUAUACUUCAGUGGAAUCAGACUUUUAUUAUGUAUUUUAACAUGAGUUGUUAUUUAAACAGAAGAAUAAAAUGUUAUUGAAAAUUCUCAAUGUUCCAGUGAUUUAUACAAAAGAGGUAAGGUUGUAAAAACAUUAUGUAAAUGAUGUAAGUCAGUUUUUUUUAAUGUUAAGAUUUUUAAGAUCAA